AUGCCUCGACGUCGUCAGGACAUAACCAUUACCACUAAUGCUCCAGUUCAACAGACCUUCCUCCUCAGUCCAACUCCCACGACCACAACCUUCCAUGUCAAUUCACCUACCCUCCCCCCAUCUGCUGGGUGCCAAACUUUCCUCCUCAGCGCCACUCCGUCUUCGAGCUCAACAAGUAUUCGUGGCGAUUCUCCUGUUCUGCCUCCAUCUCCCGUAUUACCUCCAUCACCACACCUCGCUCUCUUCCGCAAUCGUCAUCUCUCCACACCCAUAUCCACACUACCAGCCUAUCCGACACCUCGUAGCUUCCACGAUGACGGUAUAAACUCCAACCCUCCACUAUCCGUUCACUCGUCUACUAGAACAGACUUGUCUACUGCCGAAACAGCCGUGGAAAGCAAUUUGGCACCCCAAACGACACAUUUAAGUGACAUUCUUCCCAGCGAUAUAGACCUCUAUGCUGAAGAACAUGAAAAUGGCGGAGAUGCGAUACGGUGGAGUACAGACCUUACUGAAGAACUGCUAAAUGUUGCUAUAGAACCGGAUGUCGCUAUCGAACAAUUCGAGGAGUCGAUACAAGUUGAAGCAAUACCUGUCCGAGAAGAAAACGUGGAUGGUGUGGUAUUGGGCCCAGAGAUUCAGGGCGCAUUACCGAUUAUCAAGGGACCGGACUUUAACUACUACCCGCCGCCGUCGCAUUACCUGCAGCCGCCGUCGCACCCAGCGGCGAGGGAGAGUGGGUACCAUAAAAUGAUUCAAAGGCCGAGUCGUAAACUAGUGAAGAAGAAUAGGGGUGACGGUAGUGGUAAUGGUUUGAGGAUUCUAUGGAAGAGAAUACAACGAAAAAUUGAGAAGAUGAAGAAGUCAUAG